AUGACUCUCACCGACGAGGAGCUCGACCGCGACUGGAAGCCCAACGGACGCCGCCCGCUAUCGACGAUUGCGAGGUCCUUCUCGGCCGAGCUGGCCGACAUCUUCCGCCUGGAGAACAGCGUGGCAGACUUGGACGAGCAGGUGGUGAAGCGGAAGCAAGAGAUCGACAGCCGGACCGCCGAGCUCGAAGCCCUCGAGGCCCGCAUCAAAGAGAUGGAGGCUCUUCUCCACAGCGGCGGCAGCCCAACCAGCGGCGCCGCUACCGGUAACGCCAGCACGAGCCAAUACCUGCGAGCCCCCGGUGCUUUUGACGGUGCCCAGGGCCAACAGGGGCAGGGCGAGCAACAGCAGGUCCAGGAGGACGCCAGCAGCAAGUACGGCUCCCGCCCAGGGACGGCCAGGGCCUCGCGUCAGGCCGUCCCCGGCGCACUCCCACCCACCCCGACUGAGAGCGAGGACGGUGAUCGUGAGAGGGAUGCUUGA